AUGACGAGUCUUCAAAAUCUAUUCGUAGCUAAGCUGCCACGAAAUGUUACCGAUGCAGAGCUCGAGAAGAUAUUUGAGUCGUACAAACCCAAAAGUGCAAAAGUGAUGCUCGACGCGGCGACGGGUAAGAGCAAGGGCUUUGGCUUCGUUCUCUUUGACUCUGAAGAAGAAGGCGAGCUGGCUUUUAAGGAGCUCAACAAGACCCACGUCACGCUGUUUGGGCACAGCUUUAACCUAUGCAUCUUCCCCUCCAAGCACGAUGGCAAGGUGGCAAAGGAGGUCAGCAACGCGCUGUAUAUCCGAAACGUCCCACGUCGCCUCUCGCAGGCGGAGGUGGAGGGCUUCCUGCGCACCUUCGGUAAUCUGAUCUACUGUGCCAUGCGCGAGGACCACUACGGCAGCCCGGUGUGGGUUGUCUACGCGGAGUACGAAACCAUCGAGGAUGCCAAGAAUGCUCUUAACAAGCUCCACGGCAACAGUACCUACUUCUUGGGCUCCGCCGCCCUACUGGCGAAGUUCGAAGAUAGUGAGGGCGUCAAGCGGGAGCGACGACACCGUCGCCGGGAGGGCGUAGGGGCGUACCACAACCUCCCCAGCAGCGGGGUGAUCUUCCCCCCACGACGCGGCACCGGCGGCGCGGCGGAUCCGCGUGGGUCGGCCCCGCUGGACACCGCCUCCGGUGUCUUCCCGAGCUUUCAGCUGGCGCCCUCGGUGGAGAACAGCUCUUCCUCUCCCUCCCUCUACCUUGGAAAUCAGGAGAUGGGGACGUCGAGCACACCCGGGACGGAUGUGCUCGCGCCGCCGCCCUACACAAGCCAGCCGCACGGCCCCGCGACCCCCGCCGCCUUGCCGGACUACCCCCCGCUGCAGGGCUUCGUGGCCCCCUCGCCGGAGUACUGCUGCGUCCUCCUCGAGGGCGGGCAGCGUGUGUACCUCCCGUCCUCCUCCGUCAGCCCGAGCACCCCGUCGGUGAUGAACUUCGUGCCGCUGCAGCAGCUCUCCCCCCUCCUCAGCGGAGGCUUCGGCGCCCACAACGUCACGGGCUUCCCCCUGCUCGGCUACGACGCCGCGAACACGCUCGUCCUCGCGAACGGCCAGGAGCCGCUGGUGUUGAGUCCGGACGGGCUGGGGCUGACCUCACCCCCCAGCGCGGGGCUGACGACAUACUGCCCGGGCUACGACACAGGGGGGGGGAGCCCUCUUCAAUGCGCCGGUUUACCUCUCCCCAAUGACCAACUCGCCGCCACCCGUUGGGUGCAGUCGCCAUUCGAUCCCCUUAGUUACAAUAUGAGGUGA